CCCAACUGCUACAAUGGUGAAGGCUGUCGUUCUCGGAGCUGCUGGCGGUAUCGGCCAACCUUUGGCCCUCUUGUUGAAGAACAACCCCCUUGUCACUCAGCUUGGCCUCUACGAUAUCGUCAACACACCAGGCGUUGCUGCCGAUCUUUCUCAUAUAUCGACCCCUGCAAAGGUUGAGGGCUACCUCCCAGCUGAUGAUGGUCUCACCAAGACCUUGACUGGAGCUGAAGUGAUCCUCAUCCCUGCUGGUGUUCCCCGCAAGCCAGGAAUGACCAGAGACGACCUUUUCAAGAUCAACGCUGGCAUCGUCAAGGAUCUUGCUACGGCUAUCGCGAAGACCGCUCCCAAAGCUUUCGUCUUGGUCAUCUCGAAUCCUGUCAACUCCACCGUCCCCAUUGUUGCCGAGGUCUUCAAGAAGCACGGCGUCUUCGACCCCAAGCGCCUCUUCGGUGUCACCACCCUCGACGUUGUCCGAGCAUCCACCUUCGUCUCUGAGAUCCUCGGUGAUCUCUCCCUCUCCAAGGACGUCGUUGUCCCCGUCGUUGGUGGCCACUCUGGCGUCACCAUCGUUCCUCUUCUUUCCCAAUCGACCCACCCUCUUCCCUCCAGCCUCGCCAAGACUGACUAUGACGCACUCGUCAACCGAAUCCAAUUCGGCGGUGACGAAGUCGUCAAAGCCAAGAACGGAGGCGGAUCCGCCACGCUUUCCAUGGCCUACGCUGGCGCAGAGUUCGCUUUCAAGGUAAUCCGUGCUUUGAAGGGCGAGAAGGGUCUCGUCGCACCCAGCUAUGUCAGCCUCGAAGCCGAUCCUUCUGGCGCGGCUGAGCUUACCAAGGAGCUUGGUCAAGAGCUCGCCUACUUCUCUUCGAAUAUCGAGCUUGGCACCGAUGGUGUUGCUAAGAUCUCGCCGCUCGGAACUCUCACCGAUGCUGAGAAGGCUCUCGUCUCCGCUGCUGUUCCAGAGCUCGCCAAGAACAUCCAAACUGGUAUCAACUUCGUUGCUGAGGCUUCCCGAUUGUGAAGAUGAGAGAUGUGCUUAGAGAAGACGCCUAACGUUAUUAGAAUAUUCAUGAAAGGUUGAAAACAAGCUGUACUUCUAGGAGAAUAAAGGUGACCACGGACUAAUAAACUUUGUACUACUGCUGUGCUUGAACAACUC